CUGGAGGCAGUGAUCAACGGAUUUUGUUCAUUUGAAAAUGCUCUCUCCCCAUGUCUCAGGUCUUGGGCCGGCAGUGCUUGCUACGACAUGGUCUGAAUUCGCUGCUGGUACAGUGUUGAUGAGCAUGAGAAUUUAUGUCAACGCAUUUAUCAUUCGGAGGUGGUCUGCGGACUUCUGGUGGGCUCUAAUCACAUACAUUUGCUCAGUAUUGGCAACCAUAUUUCUGACUAUCUCUGUUGAAUUCGGACUUGGGUCUCAUCUCACAGACUUGCUGGCGCUGGACUCAGAGUUGAUUGUACGGAACCAGUUCCAUCAAUGGAUAUUCACCACAUUCGCCAUUGUUUCUAUUGCACUUGGAAAACUUGCAAUCAUUGCUCUGAUAUUGCAAAUAGAAGGCACCUCCACUACAGCACAUAAACGGAAGUGGGUCUUGUGGGCAUUUGUGGCAAGUAAUGUUAUUGUGAACAUUAUCAUCAUUCCAAUCGUCUGGACGCAAUGCAGUCCAACGGCAAAGAUGUGGGAUAACUCUCUCGAAGGUGACUGUAAUGGACGAGAAAGGAACAAGCUGUAUGGCUUUUUUCAAGGCAGUUUCGGAGCGUUCUUGGAUGUUGCACUUGCAAUAUAUCCCGUCAUCAUAUUUUGGAACCUGAAACUUCGAUUGCAUAUCAAGAUUGGAUUGAUGGUUUUGUUUGGAUUCGGAAUAAUGGCUUCUGUCUGUGCUGUCGUGAAGACUGUCGAAUUAAGUACUCUUACUGCCACCUCGGACUUAACCUUCGAGCUUGCAAAUCUUAAUAUAUGGGCAUCGACUGAAAUGUGGGUUGUAUUCAUUGUGGGCUGCAUUCCUACCACGCGACCGCUUUUCGUGAAGGUUCUCGAUGUAGUAGUCAGUUCUGGCAAUCGAACGUUCAGAACAGGACGCGGUUAUACUGAACAAGAUAACUCGAACACAAACACCUCUCGAUCUCGAGCGUACUCGGAAAGUCGAAAAAAUCCUUCCAAGAUUACUACAAUUGUAAGCAAGAACGAAAGCGAGGAGAAUAUCCUGCCAGGUCAGGAGGGAAUUAUGAUGACGAGGGACAUUCGUGUACAGUACCAGCGGAAUGAUCCCGAAGCAGGUAGCUUUGACAAAGCAAGCAAGGAUCCUGACAAUUGGAAGACUCGAUUCGAUGAUCAGGUCUGAAUCAAGGGUACAAGACAACAACGCGCAAGAGGAGUUCAUAUAAUUGGGUUGGAGGGAAGACAAAGAACCUGAGAAUGGUUGACGAUAGGCUUCGAUGUAAAAUAAAACGCAAUCUGAGUCUUGCGUA